AUGCAUUGGCAAUUACUUACAUCAAGCAUUGCAGCAACCUUACUUGGUGGAGGGACAGAGCAUUCAGCACUUAAAUUACCUUUGAAUAUUCAUACCAAUCCCGAAGCAAUGUGUAACAUGAAGAAGCAUUCAGGCAUGGCUGAAGUUUUGAGAAAAUGUAAAAUUAUUAUCUGGGAUGAAUGUACAAUGGCCCACAAGCAUUCGCUUGAAGCUCUCGACAGGUCCCUAAGAGAUAUCAAAGAUAAUACUCGGCUUUUUGGUGGUGCUCUACUGCUGCUGUCAGGUGAUUUCAGACAAACAUUACCCGUCAUUCCACGUGCGACAAAUGCGGACGAAAUAAACGCAUGUUUGAAAGAAUCUUAUCUGUGGCGAAGUGUCAGUAAAUUAUGCCUUACUCUUAUUAUGCGUGUUCAAUCCAUUCCAUUAGCGUCAAGGUUCUCUGAACAACUGUUAGACAUUGGCAAUGGUAAAAUUCAAUUAUAUGAAUAUACACAAUAUAUUCGACUCCCACAGAAUUUUUGCAACAUGGUGCCUACCAAAGAGGAGUUAAUAAAAAGUAUCUUUCCAGAUUUGCACACAUAA